CUCUCCUAGCUAAGAAGGCCAAAGGCCAAAGGCAAGGCCAUUUCCAAAUGGCCUCCAAACCCAGAGCCCUCCUCUCCUUCCUCCUCCUGGCCUUCUUCCUCUCCUCAGCUGCGGCUUUCGAUGUCAUGGAGAUCCUCGGCACUUACCCCGACUACUCCACCUUCACUAAGUACCUCACCGACAUGAAGCUGGUCGACGUGAUCAAUAGUCGUCAGACCGUCACCGUCCUCGUCCUCGACAACACUGCCAUCGCUCCACUCAGUUCCCUCCCCGCCGACAAGCUCAAGAGUGCCAUCUCCGCCCACAUCCUUCUCGGCUACUACGACCCCUACGUCCUCGACGGCGACCUCAACAAGUCCGCGCUCCUGCCCACCCUCCUCGGUUCCAGCGGCGCCGGUUUGUUGAAGUACACGGAGAUGCCCGACGACCAGAUGGUGUUCGGGUCGGCCGCGCCCGGCGCUCCUCACGACUCCAAGGUGAUCAAAGUCGUCGGAGCGAGGCCGUACAACCUGUCGGUGCUCCAGAUCGACAAAGCCAUUUUGCCGCCCGGCAUCGGGAGCGCGGUGCCCGCGACGUCGACGCCGCCUGCUGCUACACCCUCGAAAGCAACGGCUGCGCCACCGACGACAACGCCAGCGACGUCUGUCACACCGUCACCGGCUCCUGAGAACAACGGUAGUCCUGUCGUCCCUGUGGCAGCUCCUGCAACUGGCCCCUCGGCGUCCGCGGAAGCUCCCAAGCCAAUCACCAGCACACCUGUUGAGGCUCCAAAGCCAGCCACCAGCGCACCUGUCGAGGCUCCUCAAUCGAGCAGCAGCUCACCUGUUGAGGGUCCACAAUUGAGCGCCAGCGCACCUGUUGAGGCUCCAAAGCCGGGGACUGGCGCACCUGUUGAGGCCCCAAAGCCGAGCACCGGCGCACCUGUUGAGGCUCCAAAGCCGAGCACCGGCGCACCUGUUGAGGCUCCAGAGUCGAGCACCGGCGCACCUGUUGAGGCUCCAGAGUCGAGCACCGGCGCACCUGUUGAGGCUCCAGAGUCGAGCACCGGCGCACCUGCUGAGGGUCCAGAGUCGAGCCACCGGCGCACCUGCUGAGG